AUUGCUGUGGGAACGAUUGUGAGCAUUUUGCUGCUGCAUUCAUUGCUCGCCGUUGGUUUCAAGGAGUACUAUUUCGAUAGUGCAGUGCCAUCACGACUUGAAGUGGAGGACAUGCAUCAGCAAAUUCGGAACAUCGAACAUUCCGAGCACCAACUGAAAGUCACUUCUCUGGCAAAGGUAAUUGCAACCCGGCUGCCAGGCGUUGCGGAGAAGUCGGAUGCAAAAGAGGGAAAGCAGCAGCAAGAACGGAACAGAAGUGAAGUUAAGGAGAAUGAUGUUUCGAAGAAAGCCACUGAAGCAGCUGCUAAAGUAUCAGCAAGUCCAGCAAAUGCUUCAAAUAAGGCCUAG